GAAAGUUUGAUACGCCCUUUUUGAUGAAGUUCAAUGUUUCGUUUGCGAAUAGGGAAGCAACCAGCAGACUGAAAUUUCCACAGUUUGAACUGCUCGUCUGGACUUUUUGUGUGGCAUUUUCGUGACGAAAACAAUUUAGUUGAUCUACAGAGAAGCAAAGUUUCUUAUGUUUUACUUAGCGAACGAGGAAACAUAUAGGAUAUAGGAUGUCUUCCUUAUUUCUUCUUUGCCAGAUCAUCCUUACACUCGUCUGCCAGGCACUAUGUGACGAUCCCAUUAAAGACUUGAAUUGUUUUAAUGACUAUGAGGAAGAAAUGACAUGCAGGUUCUCUCCUGAAAGUCUCAGAAGUUGCUCUGGAUACAAGCUGAACGCCACACAAAAACUAGCAUAUGAAAUAAAUAGGUAUUCUUGCAUCUUUGAGAGAAGUCAUCACAAUGCCAUUUGUGAAUGCAAAAUUGAAGUGCAAGGCUUUAUUACAGAAGAGAUCUUCUCAGCUUCACUUCUGGAAGGAACAAAGGUUUUAUUACGAAAGGAUUUCAAGACUAUAGAUUAUAUCAAACCAAAACCUCCAGUGUUACUUGUGGAGAAGAUAGAAAAUGGAAACUUUCAUGUUACCUGGAAUGAUAGCUAUAAGCAAAAGGAUGUCUUUACAAAUUUUUUGUUUAUAACUCUGACCUAUGGGAUCAUAGGAGAAAAUGAAACAAUUUCCAGAAAGGUGGCAAACACUGUUGGAUUCCAUGACAUCGUGGGCACUAAUCUCCAGCCAAAAACUGAAUACAUUCUGACAGCAAAAAUGAGCUCAGACUACAAUGAUCAGAAGAUAUAUAGUGAUCAGAGUGAAGCAGUUCAUUUCACCACUGCACCAUUACCAACUGAAAUAGUCAAACUGGUGGUUCCACAAUUGUGUAUUGGUUUACUCAUCAUCAUUUGUAUGAUCUUCAUCUGUGUUUUGAGGAUGAAGUCAAAUUGGUGGGACAAGAUCGCCAAGCCGACAAUUAUAGACAAUUUUGGAAAUAAGGGUCAUGUUUUGCCUACUUUCUUCAAUGCAGUCUCCCCAAUUCACGUUGAGGUUCUAAAUCUAGACCUCGAGGAGGAAAAGAAAUUGAUCUCACAAUUACAUGUGAACCCAAACAAUGAGAGAAGUUCUCACAGUCUUGAAUCAUCACCAGGGGAUUAUGGCCAGGCCAUCUGUGAUUCUGGUAGCAAUCCGAUGCAAGAUCUCCGAUCACAAAUUGAACUCGCAAUGGCUAAAGAUUUCUUACGGUUGACAUUGAACACACCACCCAGUCAAUUCACUGAGAUGCCAUACAACAGUGUUGAGUCUUCUUCAAAGGAAAGGAAUUGUGCUAACAGAGAUUCGGGCAACUGCUCGGGUUCAUCGGUUUUCAGCAACAAGUCAUAUUUGGAAGGAUCCACUGAUGAUUCUUCAUUUUUGAAUCUGAACUGUGAUCAUUCUGAUGAUAGGAAAGUCUCAGACUCCGUAUUUAAGCUGGAAAACUCCAUUGAUAUUCUUAAGAGCCCGCAGAACUUUCCUGCUGAUCACUCUCCGGAUGAAGGAUAUCAGGCUUUCAGUGCUGUUGGAAAGAGAGAUGUUGUAGAUGGUUUUGUGAAACUUUCUUCUGAUGUUGAUGCAGACGACAAGGUGAUCAGGCAAAAUCUAAUCACCAGUGCCAAUCCACUGUAUCCUCCUCUGUUUCAUCAUGAUCACACAAUCGCAAGGGAUGAUCCCUAUAAAGCUUUUCAAGACGUAUCAAAAAACACAGGGGAACAAUGGAGCACGAGCAUCAGCACUGAGCGAACACUUAAUGAAUGUGGAGCUCUGAAAUUCCCCCAUGUUGCCGGCCAAACAGUCCCGUUACAGGACACUGCUUGGGCCUUUUUGAAUAUCCCACCGGCUGUUGAAAUAGACUUUUCAUAUCACGCUGUCUAACUGUGUUGCACAUAAGUAAAACAUUUCAUUCUCUUUGCAUAUAACCUUUGGAGUCGCAAUGAAUCAUCCUUCAAUUUCCAAACCACAGAUCCUCUUUGUGGAUGACGUUUAUGUAAGCGUCUCAGGCCACCGGGGGAGCCAGCACAAUGAAUCAUUCAU